AGGGUGAAAAAACCUAUGAAGAAGGCGGACAUUUCGAAGACAUAAACUCCAACUGUUCUCAGCAACCGAACUCAUCUCUUCUUAUAUAUCAUUUCCUCCAACAAAAUUUCAUUUCUUGGUUGGUUCUCCUCAGAUCUCUUUCCCUCCUUCUCCCCAAUUGCUUCUUGAUCUCUCUCUUCAAUGGAGUCUGCUGCUGUUAUCCGCUCUUUUCACUGUACUGUAGGUACAUUACCAAAUGUAAGCUCUUUAACUGAGAAGCCUGCUUCGAUUCCAAUGAUUAAAGCUACUUUAAAUAGCUCGUCAUUUGGUGGGAGGCUUAAGUUGUCUUCAAAGACUAGAAAAGGAAUGUUCCUCAAAUGUGCGAAGGCCUCAGAAUCUACAUUGGAGGCAGUGUCCGAUGUCUCCGCAGACAGUGUUCCAUCAGAACAAUCAGAGAAGAAAGCUCCGAGUGCAACUUUCCCCAGUGGGUUUGAGGCAUUGGUCCUUGAAGUCUGUGAUGAGACAGAUAUUGCGGAGCUGAAUCUGAAAGUGGGAGGUUUCGAAAUGAAACUUAGACGGAACAUUGGAGCCACAAAAAAUCAACCUUUAGUUUCAACUCUAACACCACCACCUGUUCCAAGUGAACCAAUGGUUGAUUCAGCUCCUGCAGCGGCACCAGCAGUUACAUCGACCCCCUCUAAAGAGACCACUACUCCAUUUAAAAAUGUCUCCUUUGCUAAGUCAUCGAAGCUUACCGCUCUAGAAGCUUCUGGAGCAAAUGGAUAUGUUCUAGUGUCAUCUCCAACGGUUGGUUCAUUCCGAAGAGGGAGAACGCUGAAAGGAAAGAAGCAACCUCCUAUCUGUAAAGAGGGAGAUGUGAUUAAAGAAGGUCAAGUAAUAGGCUUUUUGGAUCAGUUUGGCUCUGAACUCCCGGUGAAGUCGGAUGUGGCAGGGGAGAUCUUAAAACUUCUUUAUAACGAUGGCGAAGCUGUUGGAUACGGAGACCCUCUUAUUGCAGUGCUUCCAUCAUUCCAUGGUAUUAAGUGAUUUUUUGUCGUCAUUGCCUCCCUGCAUCACAUUAGUUAUAACUGGAUUACUGGAGGGCUUCAAGGUUUGGAUGUCCACAGUGUUCUAAAUUUCUGUUCUCCCCCCUACUUUUUAGGUGUUGAACUGGUAGUGUCAAUCUUUAUUAGUUCUUUUUAGUGUGAGUGAAAACUGCGGGAAUGUUCUAGAUGGUAUUGCAAUUAUCUGUUGUAAGAGAGGUCUUUAUGAAUCUAAACAGAGUCAUUUAUGAGAUUGUAUUAUUAGCUUGGAAAUUAUUGCCAAAUGAGUCAGCUCAUAAUAUAUCACAUCGCAGAA